AUGGCGCACCCGAAGAGCGACCCUCCUGGGCGACUGAUCACCCAUUUCGCCAACAGGGACCGACAAUCCCAGAAGGCUGGCUGGUCCGAGUUGUGGGAUUCGGACCAGACCGAUCUCUGGGACCGCGGGAUGCCCUCCCCAGCAUUGAUCGACUUCAUCACCACCCGACGGGACAUCAUUGGCCGGCUCGGAGGCGGUCGCCGCCGGCCGAGAGCGCUUGUUCCUGGCUGUGGGAGGGGCUACGAUGUUGUUAUGCUCGCUUUUCAUGGCUUCGACGCCAUUGGACUCGAGGUCUCGCAAACGGCGGUCAAUUCGGCAAGGGCGUAUGCCGAGGUUGAGCUCUCCGAUCCAUCCGCAUACAAUUUCGCCACCGAGGAUGAUGAGAAACGACGAGCUACCUGUCAGCCAGGGACUGUGAGCUUUGUUUGCGGCGACUUCUUCCAGCGGGAGUGGGAAACUAGCUGCUUCGCGCCCGGCGACGACGGCGGCUUUGAUCUGAUUUAUGACUACACCUUUCUGUGCGCCCUCCUGCCCGAGAUGCGAAAGGACUGGGCGCAACAGAUGCGAGAGCUUAUCCGACCCACCGGGGUUCUUGUGUGCCUGGAGUUUCCCCUGUACAAAGACGUGACGGCCGACGGGCCUCCAUGGGGUCUUCAAGGCAUCUACUGGAAUCUUCUGGCCGAGGGUGGCAACGGCAGGAUGGAUGGGCCAGCGGCCACAGAUGGCGGACGAGGACCGUUUUCCAGGGUGGCUUACAUCAAGCCCUCCCGGUCGUAUGAGAUGGGGCGAGGGACCGAUAUGCUGAGUGUUUGGGCGCCGCAAGAACCAUCGGGGGACAGAAAACGCCCGGCCACAGCCGCGACCCCAAUCCCUUGGUGCGCACACUACUUGCUAAAUGACACCCCAGCACCUUUUCCUCUGGCUUACACUACAUCCAUCGUCGUCAACCGCGUCUGCGUCCGCCCCAGCAGCCAGAAGCAGCUCGCAGAGGCGCGCGUUGCCGUACCGGUGGCCGGUGCGCGCAGCUAUAUGAAGGGCCGUCUCGCCCGCGUCGUCCGUCUUCCAGCGCGGCGCUCCCAUUUCCAGAAGGGCCUUGGUGGCUGGGUGAAGUUGGAGCUGUACUGUGCGUUGGAGAUACGGCCGGGCUGUGUCGCGGGCCUGCAUCUCUCGUACCGCGCGCCGUUGGACAUGCGUUGUGCACGGAAUCUGGAACCGGCGGCAAGUCCUUCCGAGCUGGAUUAG